UUCAGACAAUUAGCUUGUCUUAUGAUCUCCAAGAUAUUUUAUGAAAGAAAUCGGAGAAAAUUUUGAUACGUUCUGAUCCGACACAAAAUGAGAAAACCACCAGCAAGUCCCAAGACCACUUCGAAGAGAAAAUCCCGGCUAAUCGUGCUGCAAAUUUCAGUGAUAAAUUAUAAGUUGCUGAACACGAUCAUUAAAAUUCGCUGCAAUGGAAGACGAUAAAUGUGGAAAGUGUGCAAUAUGUGGUGUUAAAGCUUCACAAACAUGCUCCGCAUGUAAAUCGGUUCAAUAUUGUGGUGCUGAACAUCAGAAAAAACACUGGAAAAUCCAUAAGCUCGAAUGUCGACCAUUUUGCAUCGCACGUGAUGAAGAAUUGGGUCGUUAUCUUAUGGCAACACGUGACAUAGCCGCGAAUACGGUUAUAUUUACAGAAAAUCCAUUGGUGGUUGGCCCCAAGUGGUUUCUUAAUGAAAAAGAAGAAUAUUCACCGAUCGUACCAUGUGUAGGAUGUUUCGCUCCAUGCCGUGUCGGUACAUAUACAUGUGCAAAUUGCCACUGGCCAGCUUGUUCCGAUAGUUGCCCUGGACUUGAAAACUCGAAGCUGCAUGGACUUGAAUGUCCCAUACUAUGCCUUGGAGUACGAUCCAUCAAUCCCACUGACAUUAAAGCGUUAAUGGAUUAUUAUCGAACCGAUACACUGGUUGUUCUGAAAUCCCUAAUGCUGCAGCGAAAGAUGCCCAAAAAAUGGCAAGAAUUGAUUGACAUGCAAAGCCAUGAGAAUGAACGGAUAGGAUCAGAACUACAGAAAGACGCUGAAGAACGUAUUGUAUCAUAUUUAAUGAAAAAUUUUCUCGAACCACUCAAAGCUCUCGAAGUCAAGUCAAAUAAAAAGAUCCUUGAACACUGUGACGCUAAGAUUCUGCACAAAAUAUGUGGAAUUAUCGAAACAAACUAUAUGUGCAUCAAUCUUUUGAACGGGAUGGAACUGUCGAGCCUCUUCACUACGGCUUGUAUGAUGGAACACUCCUGCCUUCCUAAUUGCUACUUCUCGUUUGAUCACUACAAUGGAUUCAAAAUAUCAGUAACAGCAGGUCGGGAUAUCAAGAAAGGCGAACAUCUUCAAAUCAUGUAUUCGAAUAUGUUAUGGGGAACACAAAUGCGACAGGAACACUUAGCUUUGACGAAGCACUUUCUUUGUAGAUGCGAAAGAUGUCGUGACCCUACGGAACUUGGGACAUACUUUAGUGGACUACGUUGUAUAGGGCCAGAGUCGAGCACUUGCAGUGGUAUACAGUUGCCAGAAGAUCCUCUUGCCGAGAAAACUGAUUGGGUGUGCAAUAAAUGCCCCAUGAGAAUCAACAGUGAGGAGGUACGCUACCUCAACACACAGAUGGGAGAAGAGGUUGAAGUUUUGUUGGCAUCAAAACCAACUAUAGAUCAAAUUGAAGCCCUGAUUGAGAAGCUUUCACGAUUUCUUCAUAGAAACCAUUACCAUCUCUUCAAUCUAAAGCAUUGUCUGAUUCAAAUGUAUGGAACUCAGUCAGGAUAUCUUUUGGAAGAUUUGUCUGAAAAGCAACUGCUUGAAAAAAUAAAAACGUCUGAAGAAUUACUCGAUGUUUGUGACAAAUUAGACCCUCACACUGUCCGUUUAUCUUUAUACGUUGCUAUUAUUCUUAAUGAAAUGCAGUCUGCCACAGUCGAGUAUAAUAAACGGCAAUCGAAGAAAUCUAAAGAUGUUGAAAAGGACAAAAUCGGAGCAGAACUUCAGAAGGCAAGCGAAUGGCUUACAAGAGCUAAGCGCGUACUCCAAAAGGAGCUGGACACCUUGCAAGGAUCGAAAUUGAAUGAUGCUUUAAACAAAUCAAUCGAAAGCGUUGGGAAAUUAAUUGCUGAGACAGUGUAAGUCGUGGGGCUAUAAUUUGUACACAGAUAAUUAGCUCUAGAAAUUCAAAAAAAUAUCGAUAAAUGACUUUUAUAUUUGGUUUUA